GGAGAACAGCGUCUUAACUGUAAUCUCUCACCGUCAGAUUGAUAGGUACCGUGCACAGGAUUUAUUAUCACAGCUUUGGUUUAGCUUCAGAAAGAAGUCUUCUUCAGAGUUAAAAUGACAGUCCAUUUUAAGGGCAUCAGCGGGCAUCAGGGUCAACACAGGGCGAGGCGCCUGAGAGGCGCGUCACCGCGGCGCGCAAUGCGAUUGGCUGGACUGCGCUCCGACCAGCUGGGAAUUUGCAGAGAACCCCAGUUUCAGUCCAAGAAGAGAGCCCCCUUGAACCCACCUCAAGUAUCCACUUCUCUCCAGUGGGGAGAUCCAAGUGUUUUAACCAGGAGACAGAUUACAACACAACCUGCUUCCCCUCCAGCUGUGGUCUCUGUACCACAAACAGGCAGUGUCGAGAAUGUAGAAACCCCUCUAGCCCCGAGAGCAUCCAAACCAACAAGAGCCUUAAAAACCUCUCUGGUCCAGGAAGAAUGUUCAUCUGGUCAUAUAUCCAGGGUUUCUGCUGAACAGGACACACAAAAACAGCCAACAGCUGGGGUAAACCAUGUACUGAGGAGGAAGGCAGGCCUGAAGUCAGAGUGCCAGAGGAAUGGUCGCCGGAGCUCCGAGUAUCAGAGGCAGUUUCAGUGGAAAACUCCAGCAGCUGAAUCACCUCUUCUCACUGCCCAAGAGAUGUUGUUCUCCAGCAACAGGUCUAUCCCACCUUUUAAGUCUAAUCCAGCUGUAAUGGAGAGUGAGUACAAGAGGAGCUUUAAAGGAUCCCCUCCACCCAGAGGCCCACGCUUACGAAGAGACAUCGAACUAAAUGAGGUUCCACUUCGCAAAAUGGAGAAUAACUCCUCAGAGAAGAGUAAGAAGAAGAAAAAAUGGCAUCAGCAGCUCAGCAGGAAGUCAAGCCCCAAAGAGAAAACUACUCAUUCAGAGCCACAGCCAAUAGAGCUGAAACUGGAGACACCACAACCCCAAAAAGCUGUUUCGCCCAAAGUGGUGAGGAAGGUGAAGACUGAAUAUAGCUCAAACUUCCGCUCUCCUCUUCAGUACUGCUACAGAGGUGAUGCCUGGAUCAGGUCCAGGACUGUAGGAGAAGAGGGUCACGAGUGGUAUCACGAGGUGCGGGAGUUGCGUGAGAAAGCAGAAGAAUACAGAAAGAGGGCCUGGGGAACUCAUUUCUCCCGGCAGCACCUGAGCCAGAUCCUGUCAGAGCAGAACUGCCUGUGGGAGGUAUCUAGUGGUUCUUCUUCCUCCACUCUCACUGAUGAGGACACUCAUUCCACCAGCAGUCCCAUCAUCGAAGCCUUGGACCUGGCUAGUGUCAGGAAGAGCUGUAGCCCCAGUGAAUCUGCUUCCUUGGCCACAAGUAGGAGAAGCUCUUAUAAAGAGGCGGAGCUUCCCAGCAGCCCCACCCUUCCUGGACAGAGGAGAACGGCAUGGGACGAGGAAGUAAGCCCUUGUGAGAGGGGUGUGGCUGAGAUAAAGGAAGGGAGGAAGAAGCAGCCAGAAGAGAACAAUGAGGACGUAAAUAUAAAUGAGCAUUCAGAGGACCACAACGAGGCGGACAUUGUGGCAGAGAGUGGGCACUCGUCACAUCCUGAGGAGUCUGGAAGCUCCAGUGAGGAGGGCAGGUUACCUACUCCCAAACUUAAAGCUAUAACGGCUGCACAGAGGACUCAUCAUGACCGCACUACUCCUGCAACUGGUGGUGCUAUACUGGUCUCCCCUCCAAAGAUAAAGUAUAACAAGACCUCCAGGAGGACUGAACCACCACUUGGAAAAGUUUGCUCACCUUACAGACACCUCAGUUGUGUCUCAAUUCCAGAAAAAAGCAACAAGAUCGAAGGUGUGAGUUUGACUCGUUCUCCUCCAGCUGCAGGGAUAGCAACAGUAGACCCACUCCCCUUAAGAGAAGACACAUGGGCUGAAGACUCUCCUGAACCCUCGCCUGAUCCAAAACCAACCAGAAAAAAACCUCACAAAAAAUCAAGCAGUGCCUGGGUCAUAGACAGUACCACACCACAUACCAACAGAAUCCAAGGCACACUAAGGAACCCAGAGUUUCAGCAUAACGGUAACCUGGGAGUCCAUCGGCCAGACACAAUUGUGUUCCCUUCCAGCGACUGUCUAUCUGACAAUGAUUUGGAUGACAGGAUGUCUCAGAUCUCAUGCCAGUCAGCAGCUUCCUGCUCCAUGGCAUCCCAGGUUUUGGACCGUGCCCAGAAGAGGAAAGAAGACUUCUGGGGAAAGACUUAACGUCAUCUUGGUGCUCACACUGCUGCAGAAAUCACAUCCUUCUACUCACAGCCCUAUACUAAUGUAUAAUGUAAAAUUCAGGGAACUAAAUUUUAGAUUUAUCUUUCUUUUUUUUUUUAAAUUUGUCUUAAAGUAUAUUUUGAUACUAACAAUUUAGCAUGGUCAUGGACAAGGGUUUUAAUGAAUGUGCAUAAAUUAUUUCUUUGAGGUUUUUAAUGAAAUUGUCUAAAAACUUAAUGCAAAUUUA